CCAGAUGAAACAAGUCUGUUCUUCUUACCUAAAUAUCUACGGAAAGAUACAAACUUGUAUUCACCACUCCAAUCUAGAUAACUACUGAUUAUAGAAAAAAUGGCGUGAUCGUCAAGGAAAGUACAAUAUGGUAUGUGAUAUGUCCAUUCCAGUACAGCCAAAUCACAAUUAGGAGUAAUCUAUUUGACUGCUAAACUCAAUAGUUGUAUGCUUUGUUAAAAGAAAACUUCCUUGCAUUGAGCAGAAUAUUGGCAUGUUGUCUGACCAGAAAUACUAUAUAAAGCAGUUUGAUCAUCGCAAUCUCCACACAAAUAACGUUUCAAAACAACACCUAACUAAGAAAAGAGGAACAAAAACCAUGAAGUCUACUGUAGGAACAUCACUUUUGGUUUUGCUAGUUUUUGCCACUCUUACUUACUGCUUAGAUGCAAGACUACAGGCUUGCCAGCCGAGUGGCAAAAUCAGAGGCAUAAAGCCACCUCCAGGACAAUGUAACACCGAAAACGACUCAGAUUGUUGCAAAAAAGGCAAGAUGUACACCACUUACAAAUGUUCACCUCCAGUGACUGGUAAUACCAAAGCUGUUUUAACCCUGAAUAGCUUCCAAAAGGGUGGAGAUGGCGGUGGACCAUCAGGAUGUGAUAACCAAUACCACUCUGAUGACACUCCAGUUGUUGCUCUUUCAACAGGAUGGUACAGCGGAGGAGAUAGAUGUCUCAAUAGUAUCACCAUAAGUGCUAAUGGAAGAAGUGUGAAAGCUAAAGUUGUAGAUGAGUGCGACUCUACCAUGGGAUGUGAUGACGAACACGAUUAUCAGCCUCCAUGCCCCAAUAACGUUGUUGAUGCCUCUAAAGCAGUGUGGAAAGCCUUGGGUAUACCUGAAGGUGAUUGGGGUGAUUAUGACAUUACAUGGUCUGAUGCUUAG